AUGAAUUUGCGAGUAAAAGCAGCAGCUCUAAUCAAAAGUGGUCUGGAUGAAAAUGUUGAUCCAUGCGAGGAUUUCUACGCGUUUACAUGUAACAAGUUCAUAGCUAGUCACGACGUCAAGGAGCUAGGAGUUGGCAAAGUAUCUGCUUCUAGCGAACUUCAGAAUGAGAUCUACACGGAAAUAGUCAAUAGUAUGGCUGGAAUAGAUGUCGAAGAUGAAUCGAAGUCAAAAACGGAAAGAAUAACAAAAGCGGUGCGUGAUCGAUAA